CCAAGAUAUUUAUCUGCUCUUUUAUCUGCUCUUUUUAAGACAGAAUAAGAAGAAAGACAAAGCAUAUCAAUAUCUCUUCUUCUUCCCAUUGUGUUGGAUAUUCCACAAGAAAAGAGAGAGCAGUGUGGGAAGCUUUGCUGCAAGGUGACUAGCUGAGAAAGGAGUUUAUGCCAACAAUGGGUCUCAAUAAUGUACUAGUACUUGUUUUUGUUGUGGCUUUUAUUAGCCCCUACCUCUUUCCACCCAGUGAAGCCUUGGUCAGAAUGGCUCUAAAGAGGCGUCCUCUUGAUCGUGAUACUUUAAAUGCUAUGAGAAUUGCUAGAAAGUUGGAAAUGGAUCGAGAAGCUAGGAAUGCUCUUCAAUCUAAUUAUGGCAGUCCUGAUGCUGACAUUGUUUAUUUGAAGGAUUACUUGGGUGCGCAAUACUAUGGAGAGAUUAGUAUUGGCACACCUCCACAAACAUUUUCUGUUAUAUUUGAUACUGGAAGUUCUAACCUUUGGGUUCCAUCAUCAAAAUGCUUGUUCUCCAUUCCUUGCUACUUCCAUUCCAAGUAUGUUGCGAGAAAGUCCAGCACAUACACUGCCAACGGAAAAUCUUGUCAUAUAAAGUAUGGCUCGGGUUCUAUCUCUGGUUUCUUCAGUCAAGAUAAUGUAGAAAUUGGAGACCUUGUUGUCAAAGAUCAGGUCUUCAUAGAAGCAACCAGAGAAGGAAGUAUCAGUUUCCUGCUUGCUAAAUUUGAUGGUAUUUUUGGACUUGGGUUUCAAGAAAUUUCAGUUGGAAAUGCUACUCCUGUAUGGUAUAACAUGGUGGAACAAGAACUUGUAAAAGAAGAGGUCUUCUCAUUCUGGCUCAAUAGAAACACAUCAGCUGAAGUUGGAGGAGAGUUAGUUUUUGGAGGAGUUGAUGAGAAACAUUACAAGGGAAAGCAUACUUAUGUCCCACUAACUGAGAAAGGUUAUUGGCAGUUUAAUAUGGGAGAUUUCUUGAUCAACAACUACUCAACAGGUUUCUGUGUUGGGGGUUGUGCUGCUAUUGUAGACUCAGGGACAUCAUUACUUGCAGGCCCAACGCAUGUUAUUACUGAAAUCAACCACGCAAUUGGUGCUGAAGGUGUUAUAAGCAACGAAUGCAAAGAUAUUGUUACUCAGUAUGGAGAUAUGAUUUGGGAGCUUUUGGUGGAUGGGGUAGAUCCAAGUAAAGUGUGCACUCAGCUUAACUUGUGCUCAGUAUAUGGAAGUGCUGGUAUCGAGUCAGUUGUAGAAAGAGAGAGCAAGGCUCAUGCAGAUCCCUUAUUCUGCACUGUCUGUCAGAUGACUGUGAUUUGGAUUCAGAAUCAAUUGAAACAAGCACAAACCAAGGAGUAUGUCCUAGACUAUGUGAACAAGCUCUGCAAUAGCCUACCAAGUCCAAAUCAAGAAUCAAUUAUCGACUGUGAUAGCAUCCCCAACUUGCCAAAUGUGACAUUCACAAUUGCUGAUAAACCUUUCACCCUAACGCCUGAACAGUACAUUAUGAAAACUGGAGAAGGCUUUGCAACCGUCUGCCUUAGCGGGUUUAUGGCAUUUGAUGUGCCUCCUCCUCGGGGUCCCCUUUGGAUCCUUGGAGAUAUUUUCAUGGGAGCUUAUCACACUGUCUUUGACUAUGGUGAUCUUCAGCUGGGUUUCGCAAAAUCUGCUUAAUUAGCUUCAUCAAACUCCAACUUGUGCCAUGUAAUUAUAGCUGUAUAAUAGUGUUGGUGGCUGCUUAGAUGUCUUAGACUUAGAUUUGGUAGAUGGAUGCAUGUUCUUGAAGUUCAUCCAUGUCCAUGAAUAAAUCUGUAAGUUGAACAUGUUUUUGUGCCUGCUAAGUGCUGAUGUUCUGUACCUUUAAUUAUAUAAACCAAUAAUGCAUCUUUUCAAGCUUAA